AUGGACUGCGCACACCAAGUGGAGGCCCAAAUGCUGGUGGCAGAGCUGUCGCAACAGCGUGCAGAGGAGUUGGAGGGCAUGUGCCAGCAGCGUGCAGAGACGGCCGCGCUUGCCCAGGAGGCCUCACGAGGAGCCGAUGCCCAGGCAGACGCUCUGCGGAUCAUGGCCUCUGAGCUACAGCGGUGGAAACUGGAGUGCCAAGACCUGCGUUCCGGGGAAGCCGCGCCUCCCGCGGCUUCUGCCGGCGUGACAGAGGCCGCCGCGGCCCAGUCGCAGGCCCAGCUGCAGGCGGCGCAGGAGAACUUGCUGAGACUCCAAGAGCAGUCUGUGGCAGAUGUGGAGUCGGCUCAGAGGGCUGAGCGCAGCAUCGUGGCCCUGAAGACGCGGUGCCGCCAGUUGAAGGGCGACGCUGAGGAGGCGAAAGCGAAAGAGCAGAGCGCUGCAGCCUUGAGCGACCAGCUGGCGCUGAGGUGCCGAGAACAGGAGCUGAAGCUUGAGGAGGCUACGGAAGUGCAGCUGAAGCAAGCGGAGCUCCUUGAUGACGAACGAGAGGCCACAGCGGCCUGGCGCGGCAGCUGCCAGGCGCUGGCCGCGCAGGUGGAGCUGGGCGCGGCCUCGGAGUCCGCGGCCUUCGCCCGCGCCGCGGAGGUGGCGGAGGAGCAGGAGCUGCUCCGCCAGGAAGUGCUGCGCCUGCGCGACCAAAACGUCGACUUGGUGCGUCAGAUGCACGCGCAGCACACCACGCGGGCGCUGCAGGACAUCAAGAUUGUUGCUGCCGCUCGCUCUACGUGA